AUGCACUCUCCGACUGCUUUAACACUACCCUUAACGGACAUUUUGGACAAGCAUGCCCCGCUUAAAACAAGGAUUAUGAUAAAUCGUCCAAAGAUCCUGUGGUUUAACGAUUGUGACGGAAGGUUUUUCCACUUGAAACGAAUUUAAGGCUCAACGGGAACUCGGUGCUUGACUCACGAUAAUACUGGGGAAAACUAGACUCAAAUGGUAACUCGCUUGCGGGGAAGAGCCCUCACUUCUCCGUAGGACCGGGAUCUGACCACUAACUGGUACAGCAGUAGAUAAAACAGAACUAAACUUGGUUCCAACAGCGUUUAUUCUUCAGCGGAUCAAACAGCAAUAACUCGGCUAGGACACGGCGAAAUAAUCGGCGACGUAAUCGGCUAUGUAAUCGAAAAAUCAGUUCAAAGCAAUUUACUUAUAUGCGAUUUUUACAACCAUCGAAGACAAAAGAAUACAAUAGGAAUAAAAACAGAAAUCACUUAGAGUUAAAUGAAAACUAAAUACAAAUUCUAUUUUUAACCUGAAAUCUUUUGUUACUGUUGCUAUUUUAGAAAGUAAAAGUACUGAGACAAAGACCAAGCCAGGUCAGCAAAACAGCGUUUAUGUACAAAGUGCUACAUUAUGAAUAAAAUUGCAAGUCCAGCUAUCGGCUGUUUAAACAGGACAAGCGCAGACUAAUUGGAAGUUUUCACUUUAAACAAAAACCGAUCUAAUUUUAAAAUUACAAGACAGCAAAACCUUUCAUAUUCAAAAUUCGGUUAUCACCUCUCCUUAACUAACAACUUAAUGAAAUAUACUUUCGCAAAUAAAUAUAACUAAGUUGCAAUUAGAACGAAGUACAUCUGUAUCAAAGGCGUUACUAUGAAUAGAUGUCGUCUGGUAGUUAAAUCACGAAAAAUAGCUAGACUGAAGUCAAAUAAACCAUUAUUAAGAAAUUAAGUAUUCUUUCAAGAGUCAACAUCGACGUAAAUAAAAUGUAUAUAAUUGAAAAGAGAACGAGCAAUUACUUUUGUUUGCUAACGAAAACUGUUGGCUUUUUUAUGACUAUUACUUAGUGAACACAAACAACUGAAACAAAGAAAAGUAAAAUGGUACAAGUAAAAUGGUCGACACUCGGUCGAUAGUCGGUCGACACUCGGUCGACAGUCGGUCGAUACUCGGUCGACACUCGGUCGAUACUCGAUCGACAUUCGGUCGAUAUAGCGGUCGAUAGUCGGUCGAUAGUGGGUCGACACUCGGUCGAGACACGGUCGAUAGUCGUUCCAGAUGUGUCUCGGCCGAUAUAGCUUUUCGUUCACCGACACUUCGCCGACUUUUCGCCAUUUUUAAUGUUCUCCCCGGGGGGGAAAAAAAAUCCCACCCCCCCGGUUGGGGGGAGGGGGGGGGGGGGGGGGGGGGGGUGUAUGGAACCCCUCCCCGGAGUUUUUGAUAUGUUGCAGUUUUUUUAAACGAUUUUACGUUUAGUGGAAUUCCUUUGGUAUUCUUAACAAGAUGAGGUAUAUUUUAGGGGUGGUGGUGCUGCUGGAGGCCUGUGACGUCAACAACAAUUGCCGCCAUCUUGGCCGCCGUCUUGGAUUUUACAAAGAAUUAGAAAUCAGGUUAAAACCGGGAGAAAUGUUAUUUUUUUUCCUUUCCAUGAAAAAUGACAUAUAAAUAACCACUUUGCAUAAUUUUAGCCACAAGAUUUACUUCAUUGUUGAAGGAAAUUGAAAAAAUAUGUAUUUUCACCCAAAUUUGUUCGUCAAUCCACGUUCAACUUUCCUAAACUUUGCGGUCUUCAAUUCUAGAUCUGUUAGAGACAAGAUCGAGAGCAUUAUUGACCACGUCGUAGAAAAUGGCAUUGGCCUCUGCACCGUUACCGAGACCUGGUGA